GAGAGUAGCUCUAUGGGCAAGAGAUGUUUGGAGGAAAAAAGGGUUUAGGAGUCUUGCUCAAUGCAAAAUAUGGUGCAUGCAGAAAGAACUCAACAAGAAGUUCAAGAAUUGGCCGAGGAUUUAGCAGUUCUUCUGUUGUUAGAUAUGACAGAAGCAUUGAGCAUGAGACUUUGAUUGAUAAUGCAAGAACAAAUAUUAAAGGUGAUUUGGAAAAGUUUGAUAGGUCUUCAUUCAUCUUGUCUGCGUAUUAUCCUAAACCAACAAGAGAUUGUUUUAUGGCAAUUAAAGCAUUUCAGUUGGAGGUGUCCAAGAUUAACAAUUUUAAGAAAAAUGUUAAUAGCUUUAGUAUUGGUGAUUUAGAUCUAAUUGAUUUGAAGUUUAAAUUUUGGUAUGAUAAUAUAUCCAAAUUAUAUGAAAACAACUCGUUGUUUAGCAAAAAUGAGAUUAGAAAGACAUCUAAACAACCCAUUUUAUUGUUAUUGAAUGAUGGAAUUAAUAAAGGUCUCAAUUUAAACAUUGAAUACUUUGAAACAUAUUUAAAUUCAAGCAAAUACUUGAUUAAAAACAAUUACCAAUUCAAUAGUGUUGAUGACAUAUGCUCUUUUGGGGAGGGAACUUAUUCCCAACUAUUAUAUUUACAGCAGUCAAUGCUAUUAUCAAAGAUAAUUUCACCAUCCAGUAUAAAAUUAUUAGAGAAAAAGAAUGAAUUGCAAAACCUUAUAACAGAUAUUGCUGCACAUAUUGGGCAAAGCAAUGGAGUGGCUACAAUGUUAAUGAGAUUGAAAUAUUAUAGCAAAAAGAAUAUUAUAGUAUUACCAAUAAAUUUAAUGAGCAAAUAUGAUAUUUCACAGGAAGCUUUGCUUCGAUAUCUAUAUGAUAAACGAAACAACAAAGAAGAUAGUAACAAAAAGGAUAACGUUGAUAUUGCUUUUGAGAAUAAAAUUAAAGAUAUUGUAUAUGAAGUGUCUACGGUUGCUAAUGAUCAUUUACUAGCAGCUAAGUUCAAAUUAGAAAAACUAAAUGAAAUGAUAAAUGAAGUACUAAAAAAAAUCGAUGAAAGCAAAGAUAAUAAAAAUGACAAUAAUGUCAACGAUGAUAAUUAUUUAAUAUUAAGACAAAGCAAAAAUUGGAAUAAAAAAAUUCCUGACGCAAUCUUUGUUCCAUUUUUAAAUUCGAUUCCAAUUGAAAUUUUUUUAAACAAUUUACAAAAAAGAGAUUUUAAUUUAAUCAAUUUGAAUGAAAUGGAGACAACAAAAUUAUUAGAUACAAAAUUUAAUCAUUAUAAAUUAGUCUGGAAAUCCUAUUGGAAUUAUCAAAGAAGAAAAAUAUAA